AUGUCAAACAACCAACACCAUCAAAACAGUAGCCAAGAGUAUGAUCCACGUAAGGACAAAGAUCUAACUCCAGCUCCGGAAGAAACGGAUGAAAAAGGUGAUGUUUCAGAUGAAUUAGAAAAAAUGGAAAUCGAGGGGGGGACACAACUUGCACACUUCGAAGCUGCCGAAAAGAGCACGUUAGAGAGUUGGAACAAGGCCAGGGACAAAGGGCUUGACACCAAUACAUCAUCAGUCCCUCCUACAACACUUAACAAACUGGAAACAGAUGAAAGAGAACUUGUUUCUAUUGACGCCACCCAGUCAAACACCCCUAUUUUAAACGAAAAAAAACAGAAAAAUUGA